AUCUUCCCGCUUCUCCCUCCGUCGCUGUUGGGUCCAGGCUGCAGAUUUGAGUCUUUUCGGUGUUUUAUUUUUUUUUUAUUGCAGCUGAAGGACACUCAGAGCGGCCAGGAUGGGUCCCGUCGAGCUCCUCCACAUGUCAGUCUUCUCCCAGAGUUUCUCUCCCUGUGGUCGAUUCCUGGCUGCUGGAAAUAACUACGGAGAGAUCGCUCUGUUCAGUCUGUCUGCAGCUCUGAGUCCAGACGCCUCCCCUCUCAACCAGAAACCAGUUCUGACCUUCACAGCUCACGAGGGUCCGGUGUUUUCUCUGCUGUCCACCGACUCUCAGCUGCUGAGCGCAGGAAACGGGGAGAUCAGCUGCUGGAGCUGGAACGAGCUCACCAAGAAGAACGUCAAACCUCUGUGGACCAAAAGACCAAACUACAGGUCCAGUUUAGAGAUCCCAGAGAUCAACUCCAUGGCCAUCAACCCCAGAGACAACAGUCUGGUGGUUGGAGGAGGAGACAACAACAUUCACAUCCUGGACCUGGAACACGGAGUCUUCAAGUCGGUCCUUCAGGGUCACACGGAUUACAUCCACUGUGUGAGCGUCAGAGAGAGGGAGGGGGAGAUCCUGUCCGGGGGGGAGGACGGCGCUGUGAGGAUCUGGGACUGCAGGACGAACCGGACUGCCCACUGCAUCGAAGUCUACAAGUACGAGAUGUGUGCACGGCCUCAGUUCGGCAAAUGGAUCAGCUGUCUGACCACCGAUUCCGAUUGGAUGCUGUGCGGCGGGGGUCCGUCUCUGUCACUGUGGCACCUGCGCUCUCUGUCUCCCACCUCCGUCUUCCCCCUGAGGGGCUGUCAGCGGCAGGCCGCCUUCUACCAGGACAUGAUCCUGGCGGUGGGCGACGGGGCGUUCGUGUCCCACUGCCUGCUGGGCGGAGAGGUCAAGAGUCGGAUCCCCUGCACUCCUCCGAGCCUCAACACGCUGCAGCUCAACACCAACAGCUCCGAGCACCGGGUGCUGACGGUGGGCGGCGGCAGCAGUCACAUCGACGUGUUCACCAACGUGUCCUACAAAGCUUUCUCCCUCAGUUUCUGAAGACAACCUCAAUAAAAAAUUUUUUAUACC